AUGAACAGAGCACUACAUGAUCCUCCGGUGUGCAGACAGAGAUGGUGGUGGUUCUCCAGCUGGCUGCCCUCCUGGUGCCCCACAUCACCGUCUCAUCUUAGGAACGCAGAGGACAGAAUUCUCCAACCUCUCACACAGAGCUUCAGCAGAAGACAUGUUCCGAUCUCUAACAGAAACUACAUCUGGACUCUCAGCUUUAAUGAGGCCCAAGACUCUAAGCGUUCUCAGGUCCCUUUGGUGCUGCUGCACGGGUUUGGGGCCGGAGUGGGAUUGUGGGUAAAGAACCUGGCCGCUCUGGCGCUCAGCGGGAGAACCGUAUACGCUCUGGACCUCCUGGGCUUCGGACAGAGCAGCCGACCAAUGGCAGGCAGCCACGCCCAGGAAGCGGAGGAGAAGUUUGUCCAAUCGCUGGAGGAAUGGAGGGAGGUGGUGGGGGUGGAGCUUAUGAUUUUGUUGGGUCAUGAUCUUGGAGGGUUCAUCUCAAUGUCAUAUGCUCUGACACACCCACACAGAGUGAAGAACCUGAUCCUGGUGGAGCCGUGGGGUAUCUCAGAAAGGCCCGAGGUGCAGGAGUCUCACUGCAGGAUCCCAGGGUGGGUAAAAGCUCUGGGAAGAGCAAUGAACCCGUUCAACCCCCUUUCACUGCUCAGACUCGCAGGGCCACUGGGUCCUUUGCUGUUACAGACUCUCCGGGCUGACUUUAAACAAAGAUUUUCGGGUGUGUUUGAGGAUGAUACAGUACAUGAUUACCUUUACCACCUUAAUGCACAGACACCCAGUGGUGAGACAGCAUUCAGGAACAUGACCGUCCCGUACGGCUGGGCCCAGCAGCCCAUGAUAUACCGUGUGGGAAUGCUUGAUCCAACAAUCCCAGUCUACAUCAUUUGUGGCUCCCGCUCAUGCAUCGAUGGUGAAUCAGGACAAACUAUUCGCGAGAUGCGACCCAACUCACAGACAGACAUUAUUGUCAUCAGAGGAGCAGGACAUUACGUAUUCGCGGACCAAUCAGAUGAUUUCAAUGAGGUUGUACUGAAGAUAUGCACAGACAUGAAGAACGAAGGAUAAAGAGUCACAGGGGGACAUGCUGGUUCAUGCUGGACAAGUUUGUGCUAAGUUUUACACACAGCAGUCUGCUGGGAUCCAGAACAGUGUGAACAUCUACAACACCAUUGUGUGUGAACGUCCAGCCUGAACAUCUGACCUGCAAGAACACUGAUGUGUAGAAGAUGUGGUCUUUGUCCCAAACUGCAUUUCUGACCAAAUCAGGGUGUUUCAAAGGGCUUUAAACAUCCUAUAUGUGUAACAAGGACUCGCAACGGUCAGCUGA